CUUGUUUAAUUUAAUUGUAUAUUUCGGGCUCAGCUCACUCAAAGGUAUCUCGCCAAUGGUGUGACCUGAGACAGAAACUACAUAACAACAAGCAGUUGGAAGAGCGUGUUGGCAACAAUGUUGCCGUUGCUAUGGGAGACGGUUGUCAAACAAAUUCCACAGAGCGAAAUACGACUGCGUGCGCGUGGUACGUUGUUUGGGCCGAAGGCACGUGCGAGUGAUUGGGAAGUACUAAGACAGUCACCUUUUUGUGUCAUCUCUACCUGAUCGAUUUUUCAUUACGUAUGAUUCUAUCCAGAGCAAAACCAGCUAGUGGUGUUACCCACACUGCAAGCAGUCAGCCAUCAGGUCGAAAAGAAAUACCAAAAUUAGAAGACUUUUUGGCCAAAAGGGACUAUACUGGAGCAUUAACAGUUCUUGAGUUUACAGGACGUAAAAACAAUGAAGAGACAGAGAUGUGGAUUGGCUAUUGCGCAUUUCAUUUGGGUGAUUACAAAAGAGCAAUGUCUGUAUAUGAAUCCUUGAGACAUUUAAAGAAUCCUCCAGAUGGUGUAUUUGUUAAUCUUGCGUGCUGCUACUUUUAUCUUGGAAUGUAUCCAGAAGCUUUAAGGGUUCUAGAUAAGGCACCUACAUCUAAUCUGAAGACAAGGCUGCUUUUCCAUUUAGCUCAUAAACUAGGAGAUGAGAAAAAACUAAUGGAACAUCAUCAGGAAUUAGAAGACAUUGUUGAAGAUCAGCUUUCUUUAGCUUCAAUACAUUAUCUUCGUUCUCACUAUCAAGAAGCAAUUGAUAUUUACAAGAGGGUGCUUCAGGACAACAGGGAGUACUUGGCACUGAAUGUUUAUAUAUCUCUUUGCUAUUACAAGCUGGAUUAUUAUGAUAUGUCACAAGAAGUUCUUACUAUUUAUCUGCAAAAUUAUCCAGAUUCCGCAAUUGCUAUAAACCUAAAAGCAUGUAAUCAUUUCCGCCUGUACAAUGGCAAGGCAGCAGAAUCAGAAUUGAAAUCACUUAUGGACCAGAGUUCAUCAACAUUCAGCUUUGGACAUGAUCUCAUACGACAUAACCUGGUUGUUUUCCGGGGUGGCGAGGGAGCUCUGCAAGUUCUUCCUCCUCUUGUUGAUGUUAUUCCAGAAGCACGUCUCAAUCUAGUCAUAUACUACCUAAAGCAGGAUGACAUACAAGAGGCUUUCAAUCUAAUAAAGGAUUUGGAACCAUCAGUCCCUCCAGAAUACAUCCUCAAAGGAGUUGUGUAUGCAGCGAUCGGUCAAGAAAAUGGAUCUCGUGAAAAUUUUAAGAUGGCACAGCAGUAUUUCCAGCUUGUUGGAAGCAGUGCGAGUGAAUGUGAUACAGUUCCUGGCAGGCAAUGCAUGGCAUCUUCAUAUUUUCUCAAGAGGCAAUUUGAUGAUGUGCUUGUCUACUUGAACUCUAUUAGAAGCUUUUUCUACAAUGAUGACAGCUUCAAUUUUAAUUAUGCCCAGGCAAAGGCAGCAACUGGCAGCUACAAAGAAGCAGAAGAAAUAUUUCUUUUGAUAAAGAAUGAAAAGUUUAAAGAUGAAUAUGUUUAUAUCAGCCAUUUAGCCAGAUGCUAUAUUAUGAACAAGAAACCUCAGUCAGCAUGGGAAUUAUAUCUGAAAAUGGAAACUUCAUCAGAGGCUUUCAGUUUGUUACAACUGAUUGCAAAUGACUGCUACAGAAUGGGACAAUUCUGGUAUGCCGCUAAAGCCUUUGAUAUGCUUGAAAGAUUGGACCCAAAUCCUGAAUACUGGGAAGGCAAAAGAGGAGCAUGUGUUGGUGUUUUUCAGCAGAUCAUUGCUGGUCAUCAGUCAAAGGAACACCUGAAGGAGGUAAUACAGCUUCUGCGAAAUACUGCAAACUCACAAGUAGAACUCAUAAUAAGAAUUAUGAAGAGGUGGGCUAAAGACAAUCGAAUAAAUAUCUGAAUGUAUCCUUCUCAAAUGAAUAGAAUCCUGAAAUCCUGACACUGUUCAAGUUUGAAAUUGUUUACAGUUACCCUACAGUGCAAGCUAACAGUAAUACAAGUGAUCUAGUAGAUCUUUUAAAAGUGUGUUAUUUCAGAACCAUCCCAGUUCACAGAACCAAGUACUGUAAUUUUAACUAACAUUUACAUUGAUGGGUUGUUCAAUUUUUCUUUAUCCGGCUUCAGCUGAAAGUUGACAAAUCUGAUCCUUGUACUCAACACAGACCAUGCCUUCUCUCAUUUUACAAGAAUUUAUUCUAACUGAAUUGCUUUGUCCUUAGUCAAAGUAUUUGAAAACAGCAUACUAUGGAUACAGCCUGAGGUUCUCCUAAGAUAUCUACCAGAAUAUGUAUUCUAUAAUUUCUAGAAUGAUAGUGAACAUUUCUUGAACAUACCAUAAUAACAAUUAUCAAACUUGCAACUAUAGUAGUUGAGAUAAAUGAAAGGAAGAUAAAAUGGUCUUAACGAUCUGUGUCAUGCAAAAUUGGUGACAGAAAGUAUGUAGCUACUGGAAUUUAUUCAGUUUUAUGUGAGAAUCUUGCACUUUUCUGGGAUUUUAAUGCAAGAAGUAUAACAGGGAGGAUUUACAUGACAACUAUGGUAUCAUUGGCAGAAGAUAACUAACUUCCUGUAAGUCUGGAAGUUGACUUUUUAUCAGAUGUUCCAUAUCUCAUUAAUACCCUGUCAUACAUUAUGCGGGAAAUCACUAAAUGAUGUUUCUGAAUUGUAUUGUAUCU